AUUGAUCUGCUGUCUAACAAAAUCUGCUGAGGUGCAGCCGGACGCCGCGAUGACCCCCGACAAACCAGCGUCCGGCGGCUUCUGGUCCGUCCUGUGCUGCAUGGGCAGACGCGAGCAGCCCGAGAUCACCUACAGCCUGGGUCACGACCCCAACCACACCCUGCAGAGCAUGGAGCCGGCCACGCCCAUGCCCCCCGCCGAGGAGCUGGACACCAUGUUCGUCGAGCUGGUGGAUGAGCUGGAUCUCACAGAUAAACACAGAGACGCCAUGUUCGCUCUCCCUGCGGAGAAGAAAUGGAGGAUCUACUGCAGCAAGAAGAUGGACCAGGAGGAGAAUAAAGGAGCGACGAGCUGGCCCGAUCACUACAUCGACCAGAUCAACGCCAUGGCGGCCGUAAGAACGUUUACAUGUUUACAUACAGCUGGACGAACAUCAGAGGGUCAAAAGUAUCUGGACGCCUCCGAUAAAAUCAGUUAUUUGUGUGUUGUACCUCAGAGGAGCCAGGUGGUGGCGCUGGAGAAGGAGGACGAGGCUGAGAUGACCAAAACCAUUGAGGGGUUGAAGACAGCACUGAGGACGCAGCCCAUGAGUUUCGUGACCCGGUUCCUGGACCUGGACGGACUGACAUGCCUCCUGAACUCCCUGAAGAACCUGGACCAGGACCACGAGGCGAGCGAGUCUCAGAUCCACACCUCACUGAUCGGCUGCGUCAAAGCUCUGAUGAACAACUCCCAGGGCCGCGCCCACGUCCUGGGCCACGCCCACAGCAUCAACGUCAUCGCCCAGAGCCUCAGCGCCGAGAACGUUCGCACCAAAGUGGCGGUGCUGGAGAUCCUGGGCGCCGUGUGCCUGGUCCCCGGGGGGCACCGGAAGGUUCUGGAGGCCAUGCAGCACUACCAAACAUACGCCAGUGAGAGGAGCAGGUUUCAGUCUCUGGUGAAUGAUCUGGACAGGAGUACGGGGCGCUACAAGGACGAGAACCUGAAGACAACCAUCAUGUCCUUCAUUAACGCCGUGCUCAGUCAGGGAGCUGGAGAGACGAGUCUGGACUUUAGGAUCCACCUGAGAUACGAGUUCCUCAUGCUGGGGAUCCAACCGGUGAUCGACAAACUCCGGAGUCAUGAGAACGAGACUCUGGACCGGCAUCUGGAAUAUUUUGAGAUGCUGAGGAAUGAAGAUGAGCUGGCGCUGGCCAAACGCUUCGAGAAGGUUCAUAUCGACACUAAAAGCGCCUCUCAGGUGUUUGAUCUGAUCCGUAAGAGAAUCAAUCACACUGAAGCUUUUCCUCACUUCCUGUCCAUCCUACAGCACUGCCUGCACAUGCCCUAUAAGCGGAGUGGGAACACGGUGCAGUACUGGCUCCUCCUGGACCGGAUCGUCCAGCAGAUCGUCCUGCAGACGGAUAAAGGUCACGACCCCGACGUGGCACCGCUGGAGAACUUCAACGUGAAGAACGUGGUACGACUGUUGGUGAACGAGAACGAGGUGAAACGGUGGAAGGAACAAGCAGAGCAGAUAAGAAAAGAACAAGGUGAGCUCCAGCAGAAGCUGGAGAAGAAGGAGAGGGAGUGUGACGUCAAGGCCCAGGAGAAGGAGGAGAUGAUGCAAACCCUGAACAAAAUGAAGGAGAAGCUGGAGAAGGAAAGCAGCGAGCACAAACUCGUCAAACAGCAAGUGGCUCAGCUAACGGCGCAACUCCACGAGCUUAGCACCAGGCCGGUCGCUCCAGAAGGACUUCCCUUGGUACCUUCCGCUCCUGGUGGUCCAUCAGCUAUCUUACCUCCAGCACCAGCUCUCCACCCUUCACCUCCUCCUCCUCCUCCACCACCUCCUCCUGGGUGUCCACCACCGCCUCCAGGUCUUCCGUUCGGUGCUCUGCCUGGAGUCUCAGCGCUGAAGAGAAAGGACGUUCCUCAGUCUAGCAAUCCUCUCAAGUCCUUCAACUGGGCCAAACUCAGCGAGAAUAAGCUGGAAGGGACGGUGUGGAUGAAGCUGGAUGAACUCAAGAUCUUCAAGCUCCUGGACCUGGAGGCGAUCGAGAGAACCUUCUCAGCCUACCAGAGACAACAGAAAGAAUCUGGAGACGACUCAGCGGCCUCUAAGAAGGUUAAGGAACUGUCGGUUAUCGAUGGUCGUCGAGCCCAGAACUGCAACAUCCUGCUCUCACGGUUAAAAAUGUCCAACAGCGAGAUUAAACGAGCCAUUCUAACCAUGGACGAGCAGGAGGACCUUCCCAAAGAUAUGCUGGAACAGCUGCUGAAGUUCGUCCCUGAAAAAAGUGACGUUGACCUGCUGGAGGAACACAAGCACGAGCUGGACCGCAUGGCCAAAGCCGACCGCUUCCUUUACGACAUGAGCAGGAUUGAUCAUUACCAGCAGCGCCUGCAGUCUCUCUACUUCAAGAAGAAAUUCGCUGAGAGGGUUUCGGACGUCAAACCAAAAGUCGAAGCUCUGAUUCAGGCAUCUACAGAGGUCCAGCAGAGCAGGAACCUGGACCAGCUGCUGGAGGUGGUCCUGGCUCUGGGGAACUUCAUGAACCGAGGGCCGAGGGGGAACGCUUACGGCUUCAGACUGUCCUCGCUCAACAAGCUGGUGGACACCCGCUCCAGCGCCGACAAGAACGUCACUCUGCUGCACUACCUCAUCACCCUGCUGGAGCAGAAGUUCCCCCAGGUGGCGCUGUUCCACCAGGAGCUGCAGAACGUUCCAGAAGCUGCUAAAGUCAAUAUGACUGAACUGGAGAAGGACGUAAAUCAUCUGCGUAAUGGACUGAGGAGCGUGGAGGCCGAGUUGGAGUAUCAGAAGACUCGUCCUCCUGAAUCUGGUGAUAAGUUCGUGUCGGUGGUGAGUCAGUUCAUCACUGUGGCCGGAUUCACUUUCUCUGAGGUGGAGGAUUCACUACAGGAGGCCAAAGAGACGUUCCAGAGAGCGGUGAGGAACUUCGGUGAGGAACCGAACACGGCACAAACCGACGAUUUCUUUGGGAUCAUCGAUCAGUUCCUGCAGGCGUUCGCCGAAGCCAAACAGGACAACGAGAACAUGCACAAGCGUAAAGAGGAGGAGGAGCGGCGGGCGCGUGCGGAGGCUCAGAUGAAGGAGCAGAGGGAGCAGGAGCGGAAGGCUCGGAGAGAGAAGGAGAACAUCGAGGAGGACGGAGAAUUCGACGAUCUGGUUUCUGCUCUCCGGUCCGGCGAGGUGUUCGACAAGGACCUGAGCAAAAUGAGACGGAACCGCAAACGGGCCGCCGGUACCACGAAGGGCGCGGAGAUGAGCCGAGAGAGACCCAUCACCAAACUCAACCUCUGAGAGGGACCCGUCAAUAAAUCGAUUAUAUGAAGGAAAUUAAAUGCUUCCAAAUGUGCAGCAACAGUUUAGGGAAGGUCCUGAGCACAGAACGAGCUCUACUGAAAAAAAGACGCUUGGGGUUGAAGAAAUUCUAUUACGCUGCAACGCCGCCAUCUGGUGGUCAAACGGAUGAACUGCACCUUCGCUCACUGUGAGCAUUGACUCGGAACUUUAGAAAUGUGAGAAGGGCAUCGACCCAAAUACAAACUGGAAAGGAAGAGCUUUGUUAAUCUGUGCCAACUGUGUGCCAAGUGCCAACACCCUCCGUACCUCAGUGCUGUGUGAAUAAAUGUAUUUUAUUUUA